AAACACAAAAAAGUGGGGACUCGCUCGUCUGUACUUCUCGAACUGGACGCUGGCUUGACAACAGUACCUCACUUUUCCCACUUUGUGUCGUGUGUUUGUGUGUGUGAGUGUUGGCUGCCUUGUUUUCCAGACUCGACACCGAGGUAGGAUCCGUGCUCUUUUCGCCGUGCUGUUUGUGGCUCUGCUGCUGUCAAACAUUCCUCCGGACAAAACGCCCACAGUGCACAGAGCUUUGAACGUGGCUUUGCUUUGUGCAUCUCACGCGGGGCUGUGUUUAAACCCUGACACUUUCGGGCUGUGCCGCCUUUCUUGUUUAUGUCGUCUAAAGCGACUCAAUAAGCAAAAAGUUGUUUCGCAACUCUGCGUCAAGUUGGGCAGAGUUGCGCAAGUUGACGCAAUAAUAACAGUCAAGAGCACGACUGUAACUGUUAUUAUUAAUGUCGUUUUAACUAACAUUUUUAGAAUUGGUGUUUGGCUUAUAACGCAGGCAUGGCGCUAUAACUUGCUAAGUAUGUUGUUGUUUAGCUUUGCCGUGAAAACAGUGAAAGUGCUUUAACGCACUAAAACAGCUCCUUAACAGAAUACAAUAGAGCAGAAUUGCCCUUUAUUGUCAUUGUAUGUGUACAACGAAAUUAUGAAAACUUAAUGUGUUUCAGAAUGAAUAUAUUCAAACGAGACAAAGGCUCAGCGGCUGCUACUCAGGAGCUCGGCAGUGCCGUCAGACACAGCCAGAACAAGCAGGAUGAUGGGGAUGGCUCACAGAGGACGGGGGUGAUGGGUGUCAUGCAGAUGGUCAAUCCCUUCAAAUCCACUGCUCAGGCCUCCUUCACUGUUCAUACAACUCCCUCCUCAGAUUCACUGGAACAACCUGCAGACACAGCUCAGAACCCUGGUAUGCUGAAAGGGGUCAUGCAGAAGGUCAACCCAUUCAAGCCUACCUCACAGGUCUCUAAAGCACCAUAUUCAGAGUUGCCGGAGCGGGGAAAGGAAGACUCUACUCAGAACUCUGGAGUGUUGAAAGCAAUGAUGCAGAAAGUCAACCCCUUCAAGUCUUCUGCACAGAGUGAUCCUCCAAAAGAUUCUGCAAAUCAUCAAGAGACUGGGAAAGAACUUCAAGGCAAACAAAAUCCAGGAAUGAUUCAGAAAGUCAACCCAUUCAGAUCCUCGCAGCCAAAGGAUGUUGAGCCUCAACACAAUGACCUCACAUCCAGCGCUGGAAGCCUGACAGGCAAAAGCAACUUGCCAGAGAAGCAGAACCCUGGAAUGUUCAAAGAGACGAUGCAGAAAGUAAAUCCCUUUAAGUCGCACACACAGAUUCAAGAUCAAUGUCAGAGAGAUUUGACGGUUACCUCUGUCAAGACACUGGAAAACCAAGCAGAUAUUCACAGUGACAACUCCACCAGCUCUGAAAGCCUGGAUGACAGCACAAUAGAGAGACAUUCUGUUUGGUAUAUAGAUGCUGACACCAGCUGUGAUGUAAAAACCCAGCCAACACAGGCCCAAAGGAGAAGAACCAGGGACUCUGCAAAUGCAUUUUCUGACACUCAAGCCCCGCCCCAGGAGGUAGUUGAAGUUCAGACAUUGCAAUUGGCUGAAGUACCAGUGUGCAGUGAAGGAACGGACCUGGACCCUCUAGAUGAUGACGAAGGCCUUUUGUCAUGGUGGAGAACAGUCGAAGGUUGGGAUGAGUGGAAUGAGGCAAACCAGAAUGAUGAAUCUGAAGAAGUGGUGGAACAAGCAGCUGAUCGCGUCUUCAUGGCCGCUCGACUUUUUGUUCGUUUUUUUAACCAACGUGGCGCCUCACUGCAGCAGCGCAUCCUUGAGCUCCUUGCCUUGGCUGAUGCAGCAGACAAUUUUCACAAAAAAACGGUCACGGCCAGUGUCGGCGGUGGAUUGGCCAGUGUCGCCGGGUCUAUCACCACCAUCACCGGCCUCAUUCUGGCUCCCUUCACAGCUGGAACAUCGCUGAUUGUCACAGCUGUAGGCAUUGGCAUAGCUACAGCUGGUGGCGUGACAUCUGCUUCGGCCAAUAUCACUGACACUGUCCAUUCAAAGACGGACCGCAAGAAGGUGGAGAAGAUGAUUCAAGAUUACCAGGGGGAGAUCAAGGACAUCAAAGAGUGCCUGGACUUUUUACAGGAAGGGAUGGAGACACUCCAGCAGUGGGACUUUGAGAAGUAUGCAGAGAGCAUCGCAAAAAACCACUUAAACCAGGACGUCAAGCAUGUAAUCAAGGAGGGUGGUCGAGCUGGCAAAGCUCUGGUGGUCAACACAGACAGUCUGAUCAAUACUGUUCAAGUCCUGAAUGUUGCUGGUGGUGCUGCCAAAGCUGCCCAGGUGAUGAGUGUCACUACCGGAGUAAUGUCAGGCCUCUUCCUGGCUCUUGAUGUGUUUUUCCUGGCAAAGGACUCUAUGGAACUGAAAAAGGGGGCAAAAACAGAGUUUGCUGUCAAGAUCCGAGAAGUUUGCAAGGACCUACAGAAUGGCCUGCUGGAGCUGAACAGAAUCAAGGAACAGCUUCAGAAAACUAUGGAUGGGAUAGAAGUGGAGGUAGAGGAGGUGGAGAAUGAAGAGCAGUUGAAAUCUGAUCUGAAGAAACUCACUGACCUUGAAGACUGAAGGGCAGUGUUUAGAAAACAAAACAAGGUCCUCAUUGUCUUGUGUUGAUACCAAAAACAUUUAUUGCUGGUUUGCUGCAAUUUUGAGUUGAUCUGACUUACACAAUACUUUUAUUAGUGGACAAGGUGAGAUGACCUUUUACUCAAACGGGUGGGGUCAAAGGCCAGAAAUAAAAGAAUGUUAAAGGUC